AUGACCUCUACCUCUUUCAAUCUCCAAGAGACAGUUCACCGUAUCUCUUCGACUCCUGGAUCGUUCGCCAUCGUCUCUUCCACGCCUAAUUGGCCUAUACCCCCUAAGGCAUCUUCAUCAAAGUUACAUCUAUCCGUCCUAGACUCGUCGUUCAAUCCUCCUACAAUUGCUCAUCAACAAAUCGCAUUUUCCGCUUUCCCUCCGCCAUCUUCCUCUUGCACACCUUCCAAUGACCCUCCAAGCUAUACAUCCAGACUUCUUUUGUUCUCCGCUCGGAACGUUGAGAAAACACUACAGUCGGGCGAUGCAAUCCCUCAACAGAGAGUGGAAAUGAUGUCUAUCCUGUCUUCUCUACGAUCCAACACUCAUCCAAAAGAGAGUAUAGCAGUGGGACUGAUAAAUGAACCUACCUUCGUAGGUAAGGCAUCAAUCAUACGAAAUUACCUAUCGACCUUACCUUACUUGGAUGUCGAGGUGGAUUUGAGCUUCUUGGUGGGAACAGAUACAUUAAUUAGAUUUUUCGAUCCUCGAUUUUACCCUCCUAACGAGAUGAACCGGAAGAUCCAGGAGUAUUUCCGAGAUAGUAAUGCGUAUUUGAUAUCUGCCCGAAGAGGGAUAAACGAAGAAGAUAGAGCUAUGGAAAAUGAGAUAUUAAAUAGGGAUGGAGUGAGAGAAUGGGUGGAUAAGGGGAAAUUGAGAUUGUUAGGUACAGGUCAAGAAGGCUGGGAAGAAGUUAGUAGUACCAUAGUAAGAAAGGCGGUUGGUGGUGGUGAUUGGGAGAAGGUGGAGAAAUUGGUUGGGAAGGAAGUCAUGGAUUAUAUAAGGAGGGAGGGGUUGUAUAGUACGUGA